AUGGUGGCUAUUCGCAACCCAUACGCCAAGCCGAAAGCUUCCUUGAAACGGCCAAGGUCGAGUUGGGACCGCGAACGGAGUGACUGCAAGUGCCAGAACCCAUCGGAAAAUCAAAACGACAGCAAUGGUGAUCGCUGCCGUGUUCCGCCACAACCCACAACGGCAUCCGGCACAUCACCAUUGAAUCGAAGACUUACCACAAUUAUGUCUGCGGAGAAGCCAAAGCAAACGGCCCAAUCGACUAUCAGUUCUUUUGAUGAUGGGGGCAUCGAUUGGGAAGCUGCCGUUGCCAUGAUGGAACAAGCGACGCCGGAAUCGCACAUGAACACCAAAUCUCAUUCCACUCUGCAUUCCGGUCACGAAAGCGCCGUUACAGAGAUUCCCAUACCGGCAGCGUCUAUUCCUCGGCACUCACCCAGCAAAAGUCUUAUGUCUACAAAACGAGGUCCUCCGGAUGCUGUCUACGAGCAUCCGUCCACUCGACUAACAUCUGAUCCGACUCGGCUCAAGCCCCCUCCGCGACCUACGAAUACAGCGUCGGUUCCUUCCCUUUCGUCUCGAUCCUCUGUCGCUCUCCCGACAUUAGCGUCCUUACGACCAGCUUCGUGGGCUGGCAACUGCAGCUCCGAUCCCUCUUUGUUUGCUGUUUCGGUUUCUUCUUCGCCUGCCAAGUCCAAAUCAAAUCUGACAACGUCGUCGCCCUCAACCCACCCUCGGUCUCGAACGGCGGUAUCACCUUCCAUGCGCCCUUCUUCUUGGCAACGCACAGCGCCUCCGGCAUCUCCAGACUCGGAUGUUCCCAGUGAUCCGCGACAGGUCAAUCUUCCCAAAAAGCUGCAGUUUGAUGUCGCGACCGUCCAGCCUGUGCAAGACGAACACCGACAAACGCUAGUGCAAAAUGCUACCCUCUCCCAACCGCUACUCAAUGGGUGGACGCUUUUUUCGCACCAAAAAAAGGCUAUUCUCCAAGGAUUGCUCAUGCGGCGCAUGAUUCUCGCGCUCGACAUGGGACUAGGCAAAACCCUCAUUGGUUGUGUUUGGGCCAAGGCCUUUUCCAAGACGCUACAAACCAAAACAAUCGUUAUUUGUCCCGUCUCGCUUAGAGACGAAUGGAAACGGACCGCAAUCGAAGCCACAGGAUUGUCCGUACAAGAUGAUAAGGACGUGCAGGACAACGUCAAUAACGCGAGUCUUUGCAUUGCCUCGUGGGGGAAAAUACCUCGCCUCGACAAACACGACUUGGAUCAGCGACCCUUUGUCGUCGUCGCCGACGAAGCGCAUAGCAUGCAAAGUAUGGCCGCCUCUCGAACCAAGGAUGUGCUUGUCUUGUGCGCACAUCCCGCUUGCCGAGGCGUUCUCCUGUUAACGGGCACGCCCAUGAAAAAUGGCAAACCGUCCAAUCUUUUCCCUUUGUUACAGGCCGUGUCACAUCCGUUAGGGCGUCACCAACUUUCGUACGAACAGCAUUUUUGCGCCGGCCAUUCGGAAUCGUAUGGACGGAGUCGUCCAGUCUGGAAGGCAUCUGGAGCUUCCAAUCUAUCACAGCUGCGCACAUUGGUCUCAUCGCAUCUGUUGCAUUUAACCAAGCAGGAUUGUCUAAAAGCGCUACCGCCGCAAACACGUGAAUUUCCGGUUGUUCCUAUUAGCAGCCGUCAGCAGCUUGCGCACACACAGGCCUUGCACGAUUUGGCCAAAAUAUAUCGAAAGACGGGAGAAUCCAAAAGUAGCGAAGCUAUUUUGGGCGCCGUACAACGGGUACGUCUCGUUGCUUCCACAGCAAAGAUUGACGCGACGGUCGAAUACGCCAAGCGCAUACUAGAGGCAGAGCCUGCCAUUGUGAUUUUUACAAGUUUUGUCAAGGUUGCACAAAAUGUACACCAGAAAUUGACUGAUGCGGGUUGGCAAGGGUCUUGCUUGACUGGGGAAACGGUCGCAAAAUCACGGCAAGCACUCGUUGACAACUUUCAAAAUGGAUUGACUGCGUUUUUUGUGUGCACGUUCGGCGCGGGCGGUGUCGGGCUCACUUUGACGGCAGCGUGUACAGUGAUUCUGUUGGACCGGCCAUGGACACCUGGCGACGCACAUCAAGCUGAAGACCGCGUCCGACGUAUCGGACAAACCAAACCAGUCAAAAGUUUAUGGAUGACCGCCUUUGAUUUAGACAAGCAAAUUGACUCCAUAAUUGAGCAGAAGAGUAAAACGGCGGCAACGGUGCUCUCGACAACAAUGACCGGGAGCUCCAGCGAUGCUACGAGUGAAGGCCCCAAAUUGUCCAUUUUUCAGCUUAUCAAAGCUAUUCUGCCGCCAAACGAAUCAAAUUGAUCGAAAGAAUAGACUGUCGAUACCGGGAACAUAAGUCAAACGGAGAAAGCUCAAAUCGACUAAUGUGACCUACGUACUUUGAUUGCCGCACGCGGCCAGACUUUCCGUUUCUAUAUCUGUUGAAUUGCUUUCGGCGAGUGUCAUGAGCAAAUCCUCAAUGGAAAUAUUCUCAUCACUAACUUUAAUUAUGGUCGACCUGAUGGCAUUUUUCAUUUGGCUCGCUCCACAUGUUCCAAGAAUAAAGGGGGCCGUGCAAGAAUGUGUACCGAAAAUCUGGGGACUGAGAACUUGCAUGAGCAGAAUGAUGGAUGUCAUAUCUGGCAGUGAAUAAAGCACCCUAUGUGAUACGAGUAGCUCUUGUACGACAUUUGCAUGACACUCAUCGGAAGAGGAAUGGGGCUUGCCAUCCGAGCUGUACUUUUACCAGCGAACACAACCUGUCCCGUCUCUAAAUCCGACCCUAUCUAAAUUUCCGAUGCUAUCCAAGGGAGAGGCCAGAUGUUGCUCUGGGGUCAAAAUCACUUCCGCAAUUGCACACGGUUCUUAUUCCUCGAUCGAUGUUGCUACAAUCCGAUCGGUCCCCCACCGAAUUGCGUAUUGGCUUUGAGAGAGCACACUUCACGAACAACUUGCGAUUAUCGAGAUGCUACGGAUUUGAUUCGAGGAAAUCUGGUAAGGGGUUGGUUUUCUGCGAUGACUCCCUCUCUCGUGUCGCUGAAAUCAUGGCUGAAAGAAAGCGGAUAGUCAAAGCACUACUAGCACUAGAGAAACUGUGGUGAACUCCUUGUUCGAAGUUGGCCUUUUGAUUAUGACUUUGUUACUUGUUUCCCCAGAUUGAUUUAUCGUUUGUGAUCUACGCCACACGCUCCAUGUAAAAAUCGUCCAUGAUUAUAUCGAGAUCAUGGUUAGGGUCCUCAACCUUGAUGUGGAAGUUGCGAAUUUCAGGGUUCCAUUUGGUUGAAGCGCCGGGGAAUUCAAAGACGGAGCGAAACUCAUUGAAUACAUUGGCGUUCCAAGCUGUCUGAUAAUCUCCAAGAGUGAACGUUUCCAAUCGCCAAUUUUUGUCACGAAGACGAAAUCGGGCACGUACUUCCCACUUGGAACCCGGCGGAGUGCAUCCGUUAUAGCUAUUCCUGCUGACUCCUAUCCCCACUCCGUCCCACACGCGACUUCGCUUGGAAUAGCGCAGCGCAGUUUUUGACUUGUAACCAGGAGAGACAAGCGAGAUGGAUCCAGAGCCACGAGAGCGCCAUUCCGUCAGCUUCGACUCAAAAUUGUUGUUUGUGACCAUGUUAUUGCACCUACUAUCCCAGGACCCUGGCUUUUGAUCUCCGGGCGUCGACACAGGACUAUUCACCUGCCCCCUUGUGGGAGCUACGGGUACUUCUCUGGGAGCUUGGACAGGUGCUCUCGUAGGAGCCUUCACCGGAGAUCUUGUGGGCUGCUUACGCUCGAUGGCAUCCCUGAUCCACGCUGUAUCAGAGCAACUGGCUUUGCCUAAGGAAUCGUUGGUAUGCAUACUACAAUCGUACGAUACCGUGUCGUCACCGCACUUGC